CGGGGCAAGCACCGGCAAAGCAGCUCGGACGGGAUGGAGACUCCGCGGCUGCUGCUCGUCUUCAGCGGCAAGAGGAAGUCGGGCAAGGAUCACGUGACAGCCCUCCUGCGGGACAGGUUGGGUCCUGACACCUGUGCUGUGCUGCGGCUCUCCGGGCCCCUCAAGGAGCAGUAUGCCAAGGAGCACGGCCUGGAUUACGAGCGGCUGCUGGACGCCAGCGAAUACAAAGAAAAGUACCGAGCAGACAUGAUCCGCUGGGGGGAGGAGAGGCGGCGCGCGGACCCCGCGUUCUUCUGCAGAGGCGCUGUGGAUGGCGUGAAACAGCCGGUGUGGAUCAUCAGCGACGCGCGGCGUGGAUCUGACGUGGACUGGUUUAUCUCUACGUACGGCGCCGUCACCCAGACGGUCCGUGUGACGGCCUCGGAAGACACCAGGAGGGCCAGGGGCUGGGUCUAUACCCCAGGUGAGGGGGCCGGGUCUGUAUCCCCAGGUGAGGGGGCUGGCUGGCACGUUAUAGACGUGAAUCAUCUGCCUUCUCUUCCAGACAUUGACGACGCCGAGUCCGAAUGUGGCCUGGACCACGGGGUGGUCUUUAACUGGAUCAUCAGCAACGAUGGGGCCCCCGGGGCCCUGGAGGGGCAGCUGCAGAAACUACUGGAUUUCAUUCACAGCAUGCUGGAGUGCCCUCUGUGAGCCCCGUGGGGGCGGUUCCACCAGUAAUUACCCCGUCCUGUGCAGUGGCAACGGAGCUCUGGCCACGUUACAUGCCCAUCAGCCAUUGGCUGGUCCCCAUGCCCCUCCUUCCUGGCAGCAGCGGGCGCAGGUCAUUCGCCCCCCCCCCCCCCACGCUGUUUAGGCUAGGUUCACGUUUUAAGGGCCUGGGGGCUGGACUCGGUGGGGCCCACGGCCUUUUGGUGGCACGUUUUAUGAUUCUAAUAAAGUAAUUAACCCUGUGCAGUCA